ACAAUUAUAUCUAAAUUAAUUAAACAAAUAUUCUUGUCGUGUUUCAAGGACAAAUAAAAAAUAAAAUCACACAUUUUUUGCUGAUACUUUAAGGCGUGUCGCGGUAUACAAUACAAAUCAAAUCUAUAAACUGUUUAUUAAACAUGUCAGAGCUACAUUUAGGAAAAGGUUCAACUCAACCGGCAAAAGUCGAGGGACUCCUCAGACUGUACUCAAUGAAAUUUUGCCCUUUUGCUCAAAGAGCUCGUUUGGUUUUGAAAGCAAAAGGCAUCGACCAUGAUAUUGUUAAUAUAAAUUUAACCGAUAAACCAGAAUGGUAUACAAACAUACAUCCUGAAGGCAAAGUACCAGCAUUAGAUAUCGGUACCAAAGUAGUAGUCGAAAGUACCGACAUCUGUGAUUAUUUGGACGAAACAUAUCCCCAGGUACCGUUGUAUUCAUCGGACCCGGAAGUCAAAAAACAAGAGAAAGAAUUAAUAAAAAAAAUUGGUGAUGUUGUGGGCGUAUUCUCGAAAUGUGUCUUCGGAACGGAAACCAAAACCCCAGAAGAAUGGCUAAAAGACAUCCUAGAUGCUCUGGAUGUGUUCGAGAAGGACUUAACCAAAAAAGGCACGGUAUUCUUCGGUGGCGACUCGCCCAACAUGGUGGACUACAUGCUGUGGCCUUGGGGCGAAAGGGCGGCCUGCGUUGCCGUUGUUCUCAAAGAAAAGUUGCCGAUCAAGGACGAUGACAUUCCGAAUUUGAGAAAAUGGCGCAAAGAGAUGCGCAAACAGCCUGUCUGCGACGCUGUUUAUAAUGGCCCCGAGAAGUUUUGGAAAUGCGUCGAGGCCAAGCUUAAAGGAGAAAAAAUCGAUUACGACAGAUCGAAUCAACCGGAAAAAAUCGAGGGACUCCUCAGAUUGUACUCGAGUAAAUUUUGCCCUUCUUCGCAAACCGUCCGAUUGGUUUUAAUAGCAAAACGCAUCGAACAUGAUAUUGUUAAUAUAAAUUUAAAAGAUAAACCAGAUUGGUAUACAAACGUACAUCCUGAAGGCAAAGUACCUGCUUUAGAUACUGGUUCGAAAAUACUUCUGAAAAGUGGCGACAUCUGUGAUUAUUUGGACAAAACAUUUCAAGAAGUACCGUUGUACUGUUCCAACCCAGAAAUCAAGAAACAGGAAAAAGAAUUAAUUCAUAAAAUUGGAGCUGUAUUUUCAGAAUGUACCUUCGGACCGGAAGAAAUCCUCGAGGCUCUGGAUGUGGACUACACGCUGUGGCCUUGGGACGUAAAGGCGUACUGCGUUGCCGUUGUCGACAAGGAAACGAAAGAAAAAGUGCUGAUGAAUUUCUUCGUCGAUCCGCAAUUUUUCGCAAUGUCGUCGUCCUUGAAUUUAAAGGUGGACGACAUGCCGAACAUGAGAAAAUGGUGGAUAGAGAUGCGCAAGCAGCCUGCUUGUGACGCCAUUUAUAUCGGCCCCGACAAGUUUUGUAAAUUUUGUAAAAAGUAUCACAUUAAGCUUGCAACUAUUGCUAUUAUGGCAAUGUUGGGGCUUCCUUAUUAAAACGUACUUAAUUAAAACUGUUUUUAUUUAUUACAUUUUAUAUCUCAUCAUACAAUGGAGGGGCUCCUAAAUGAAAUUGGGCAGCUUUGUGGUGUCUAAUUGGUUCAAUUAAUACUUUAGAAACACAUUCCUGUUUCUUCAUGUUCUCACACCAUUUGGUUAGCAUAGGAAACUUAUUGUAUGGCAGUUUUUCAUUGUAUGUCAUGGAUAAUACUUCUGCCCUUUCAAACCACGGCCAUAUCAUAAAAUCCGCAAAUUUUGGAGAAUUGCCUCCAAGAAAAUCGCUAUCCUUCAACUUAUUUUCUAGUUCUUCCAGAUGUGGCUUCAUUCCAUUCAUAUGUUCUUCAAAAGAUUUAUCAUCCUUUUUCCAUGCAGCCUUGUAAUACAGUGCAAUAAGCGGACUUACAUUGCUCACCAAGCUACUUUCAUUACUUUUGUCGACGAUAUUAGCAUACAAACUCGGUUCUGGAUAUUUUUCAUCCAGAAAAUCGCAAAUUUCCACACUCCCGCUGAUAAAAGCGCCAUCUAUGUAAAGUAUCGGAACCUCGCUCUUAGGGUUCAACUGUACCAACCAAUCGGGUUUACUUUUAAGAUUUACGUUGACGACUUUGUAAUCUAAUCCUUUGUACUCCAAAAUCAGUCUCACGCGCUGAGCAAAUGGACAGAACAGCAUAGAAAAUAGCGUUAUUUUGUCCUUGGUUAAAUCUGGAAGGAAAUCGCCUGAAAUACAAUAAUUUUAUUCUCCUGGGUUGCGUUUUUUCUUUAAUUAAAUUUUUUUAAAGGUACAAACCUGUAGCAAGAUGUUUACUUGACAUAUUGGCAAAUUAGAAAGUCGUCCUAAUUAUCCCAAAUACAGCAUAAAGAAUGUGAAAAUAUAAGUGGGGAUAUACUAAAACAUUAAUUCCUCUAUAUUUACACAAAACUACGAUUUAAAAAACUGAAUUAUCGCUAAACACUGUACUAAACAAAUGAAUUAAAUAAACC